AUGUCACUCCUCGCUCAAUUUUGUCGUCAAACUCAUACAGAACGCCUAGAAUAUUGCGAUGGUUUUAUUUCGGAGACACAGGAAUACUUCUUUGAACGCUCAGGAAGAAUAUUUGAACUAGUUUAUGAUUUCCUAACGACAGGUCAUUUCCAUCGACAGGGUGAAAUCUGCCAUGAACGACUUAUAAAAGAACUAGACUUUUGGAGGAUUAAAAAGAGUUUUUUCGCGCCAUGUUGCAUGCCUUUAAUCGAUGUUUCCGAAGACGAAGAGGAUGGCCAAAAUUACAUUAAAUCCAUUGAAUAUGGUGAUCAGUUCGAAGGAGUGUGCUGGGCAGCUCAGCGAAGGAAAUUAUGGGCUUUUAUGGAAGAUCCUAGCACAGGGACACUUGCCAAAGCAUUUGCUAUAAUAAGUAUCACAAUGGUAAUGGCGUCAGUGACGGGUAUGAUACUUGGAUCGUUACCCGAGUUCCAAACUAUCACUCAUCAAGAUGAAACUAAUGGUAGGAAAGAAACUGUCUUUAGGACGCAUUCUGGUCUUGAAUAUUUAGAAUUGGUAUGUGUCAUAUGGUUCACAGUGGAAUAUUUUGCUCGAUUUUUGGUUUGUACAACAAAAAAUAGAUUUAUUCGCGAACCUCUUAAUGUUAUUGAUAGCCAUACAGUUUAUUUCGAUAUUUUUAAAGGUCUUGGUGCUCAUACGAUUGGUGAAUUUCGUGGUUUGGCAAUGGUGAUGAGAGUAGUACGAAUAAUGCGAGUUGCGCGCAUCUUUAAGUUAGCGCGCUAUUCCAGUGGUCUCAAAUCUUUCGGUGUAACAGUAAAAACAAGCCUUGCUGAAUUGUCAAUGUUAUUUUUGUUUUUAUUGACUGCAAUUAUAUUUUUCUCCACAUUAAUGUACUUUGCUGAGCGUGACGAGCCUAAUACGAAGUUCAGGUCGAUUGCACAUGCCGGUUGGUGGUGCAUAGUAACAAUGACAACGGUCGGAUAUGGCGACUAUUGCCCACAAACUUUUGCUGGCAAAGUAAUAGCGAGUUUCGCUAGCAUAUCGGGUGUUUUGGUGCUUGCAUUCCCGAUAACAAUGAUUGUUGAAAAUUUCUCAAGGACCUACGAUACCGAAAAAAGUGAAUUUAAGACGGUUCAACGCCGGCGUAGAUUAGCCAAAAUUUACGGUUAA